UUUAUUAGGGUGUGCAAACUAGGGUUUUGUGUUUCAUUUUUAUCUCCUCUCCCUUCCCUUCUUGAGCCUCCCUUCUUUUCUGUAGCUGCUGCUUUCCUUCGAACCAAACCAGGUAAGGGCUGCGCCAGAGAGAGUGAAAAUGGUUGAGAAAACAAGGGGAAGAAAGGAAGAAGUGGUGACCAGAGAGUACACCAUCAACCUUCACAAGCGCCUCCAUGGCUGCACAUUCAAGAAGAAGGCUCCCAAUGCUAUAAAGGAGAUCAGGAAGUUCGCUCAAAAAGCCAUGGGAACAAAGGAUGUGAGAGUUGAUGUCAAGCUGAACAAGCACAUUUGGAGCAGAGGGAUCCGAAGUGUCCCAAGAAGGGUUAGGGUUCGCAUUGCUCGCAAGAGAAAUGAUGAUGAAGAUGCAAAAGAGGAGCUCUACUCUCUAGUCACUGUAGCUGAAAUCCCAGCUGAAGGACUGAAGGGUUUGGGUACCAAGGUCAUUGAUGAUGAUGAGUGAUUUAUUCAUCUCUGGUUUAUGAAAACUUCCAUUUUGUUGACAAACAAGUUUACACCAGAGUUUUGGCUAGUGUUACAAUUGUGACUUGUGAGACAUUAUUUUUCUUACAUAUUUGGUUUAUUGUUGUUUAGACAUUUAAGGUUGGUGCUUUUUACUUUUGGUUGUAGUGGAGAUGGGUACUCUAGAGCUUUAUAAAUAGAUUCAAAACUAUCUUUAAAAUGGA